AGGAAAGAUGGCGCGGGGGACGUACGUCACUAUCUCAGUCGGCGGCCAGAGGCUGCAAAUGGACCAAUCAGCUCUUUGCGAGGCCUGGCGGCGCCCAAUAAGGGCGCAAUCGCCGGCUGGCUCCAGUGGCGCCGAUUUGGAAUCCCCUGUUAGAGAGGGCGCUGGCUUGGCACAUCAACCAGCAAUGGCGGCCAUCAGUGAACAGUUGCAAAAUAUGGAGAAGGUGAGCAAGGAUUUGCUGAAACUAAUGGCCGGAGGCAAGGCAACAGAGAUGCUGAAGGACAACCUAGCUAAACAGGAGCAGAUGAUAGACAAGAUGCUGGAGACUCAGAAAACCACAAAACAGCUGAUCAGAGAACUUAUGACUACAGAGGAGAACGUGGCUCGGAAACUUUCUGACAGGGAAGAAGAGCUGAAGGCAAGCCUCCAGAAGCUGCAGAAAAUUGAAGCUGAAUUGCAUCAGGCAAGGGAAGAUGAGGCCACGUUGAUGACCAGAACGAAUGAAUUAAGGAAGGAGCUAGAGGCCCUCAAAGAAGAAAUCAGGCAGCAAGAGAGGAAUGAGGCUGAAGAAGCCGACUCGUCCACAACAGCAAAGUACCGUGUACAUCUUUAUUACCUGAUCUGCCACAUUGAUUGGGACUACUCUUGUGACCCAACAGUUAUCAAAGGAACCCAUUAUGGACCUGACAUUGCUCAAGCUAUCAAUCUUGACAGCAGCCAACACUCCCGUUGCUUUAUCAGUGACUUCCUGUGGAGCCUGGUGAAUACCUCCUGGUGAACAAUUUGGCUCCUGGCAAAGGGAAGCAUGUGUGCAUUUGGACCAUCCUUUCGGCAGCAAAAUAUUUAGGAAGCAGAUUUUUGUUUCCUAGUUACUGUGUUUCUGUACUCUGGUGUCUCUAAUUUGAAUAAAUACACAGAAGGAGGAGAAA